AUGGCUAAGUCAGCAAGAGCGACUGUUGUGAAGAAGAACCGUCGCGCCCUUCGAGCGACUGUUUUCGGUCCCGCCCACGAUGCCCGCACCGCCAGACUCUCGGCGAAGUUGCAAGAACUGGCCGCCAAACCGAAGCCCGAAACAGAAAAGUCUAUGGAUGUAGACGAGAGGAACGGAGAAGACGCUGAAGACCAGCCUAGAACUGACGGCAACGAGGAAAUGGACAUUGAUGCGCAAGGCGCAAAGAUGAAGGCCGUCAGAUCAGCCUCAGGAAAGAACAGAGUCAAUCGCAAAGCCCACAAGAUAUCGAAGAAAAAGCCCAGGAAUUCUAUGGUAUUCCCCUCGGAGAUUGCACGAAGGAAGAAGAUGGCCAUCAAAAAGACGAAGCGAUGA